ACAAUCGGAUUUUCUCCAAAUAUUUUUUAUUUCUUAGAUUAGUUUUGUUUUCAUUUGAUCCACAAUAAUACAAUGGAUGAUGAAGAAAAAAUUUCCCUAUGUGAACGAAUUCUAUUAGAUUUGGAUAAUAUAUUUAAACGUGAUCCAAAUAUAAUCGAAUUCGAUGUAAUUGAAGUGGCCGAAUCUACGUGCAAUAAAAGUCCAGUAAUUUAUAGUGAUCAUCAUUUAGCAUUAGAAAAAUGGUGUGUUCCGCAUCUUUAUGAAUAUGCUUAUGAUAAGAUGCUGAAUUUUAAAAAACAAUCUACAUAUAAUCGUACAGAGUCUUCUUUAUUACAUCAAUGGACAAGAAUCUUAUUAUUGCUCAAUCCGGAUUUUACGACAGCCUGGAAUCUAAGGCGAGAUUUACUCAACAAAUCAUCAUCGAAUUCACAUUUAGAAGAACUUGAUUUUACUAAAUUAAUGUUGAUACGAAAACCUAAAUGUGCAAGUGUUUUUACUUAUCGUGAAUGGUUAUUAAAUAGUUUUCUUCGACUUGAUAAUGGCCAAUUGAAUGAUGAUCUAAUAUCGAAUGAAUUACAAAUUACACUUAAUGCUGCCGAUCAAUAUUCACGAAAUUAUUAUGCAUGGAGUCAUCGUACAUGGCUUCUAACUGUUUACAUUGUCCAUAAUAAUGAUCAUCAUCAUCUAACCAAUGUUAUCAAUAGAAUAAUCAAUGAUCUAAUGAUAACAGCCGAAUGGUUAGAGCAACACAUUUCCGAUUAUAGUGGCUUCCAACAUAGACAAUUUUUGUUCAAUUUUGUACAUGAAUUGUGUCGAACAAAUCAAAAAACUUUUAAUACAACUGCCAAUUCAUUAAAUUCAUUUACUAAUGAUGAUGAUUCAUUUUCAUCAUCAUUGGAUAAAUGUUGUCAGAUAUUUUUCAAAGAAUUCCAAUGGUUAUCAACAUUAUGGCCAUUAUAUCCGGCACAAGAAUCACUAUUUUUACAUCGUCGUCAUAUUUUACAUGCAGCCAGUUUAUGGUAUCCAAAUCAAAUUGAACAUUUGAAACAAGAAGAAUUAAAUUUUCAUGAAAGAAUUUUAUCCAAUUAUACAGUAAUGAUGACAAAAUCGGAACAAAAUUGGCAAAAAGAAUUAAUUCGACGUUAUCGAUUUUAUUUGAAAUGUAAUCUUAAUUGGACUUUUGAUUAAAAAUAGCUUUUUUCAAGGAAAAACAUCCAUACCUGUACAAUUUUUUUUCAUUUUAUUCAAAGCAAUAAUCAUCAUUAUUAUUUUC